AUGACUAGUGUGCUCAUCGCUGAAGAAUUCUGGGCUCUUGUUCGGCAUGGCCAAUAUCUGCUUCGUACGAGAUCAACUCAGCUGAACCUACUCAAUCAUUCGGAUAUCUAUAGCCAGACUGAGUUCCCAGAAAUUUUGUCUGCCCAUAGCCGAGUGCUGUUAGCUAUAUCAUGCACAACGAACAGCCGUUCAAAAACAAGCUGGUUGCGGCCGCUAACGCUGUUCGUUUCAUCCCAAGGCUCACAGAAGAACCGGAGUCUAUCGUUGAAAGAAAAACAGCGUUGGUUUAUCAGCGCCAGGAAUCAAGGUGAUCCAAGAAGAGAACGCAGAUCCAGUGCCACCCUAUGCAGCAACGACGAACAUCGUCCGACAGUUCUGGUUGAAGCAAGCAUCGAAUUGCGAAUUUUUGAAAAUUUUCAAUAG